GAAUUGAGAGAGGCACUACGGUAGCCAUCUAAGGUAGCAAAGAAAAAGGUCCCCUUCAAAAAAAAAAAACCGGUUGUGGUUGCUAUACCAACAGUUUAACUGGGUUGAGGCGUCCAUCCGGGCUGUACACAGAAAGGUACAGCUGGAUGCCGAACUCCCGGCCUGGGAUAUUUAAGGCCGAUUCGCGAACAUAAAGCUGUCUUUCCCUCUUCCCCACUGCAGCAAAACGAGCGGACACUAGGAUUCUUCUCUUUAUCUUUUUUUUCUUAUUUACUCUUUUAUAUCUUUAAAGAAAUGACUUAAAAGCGGGCCGUGUUGGCGCGCGCCUGUAGUCUCCGCUAAUACUCAGGAGGCUAGGGCGGGAGAAUCGCUUGACCCCAAUAUUUCCAGGCCAGUCUGGGCUAUAUAGUGAGUUCAAGGCCAGCCUGAACUACACAGGGAGAACCUGUCUCGAAGAAAGAAAAAAGAGAGAGAGAGAAAUUAAAAGAAGCUACACGCGGUGGCGCACUACAGUAACUGGCUACUGCGGAGGCUGAGGUGACUGCGUUUUUGCGAAAUUCUAAACAUACUGUGGAGGCUGACAAAACUACAGAAGAAUGGAAGAACUAGACAGUGUGGAAGCCUCACCUGUUCCUCCAGAAGCCUGGCCAUCCCACCUGGUGCUGGUGAUGGGUGAGGCGUCCUGUGAGGCCCAAGUCAGCCCCGAGGCUGCCUCAGGGCUGUCCCUGCUGGAGGUGCUGAUGGUCUCCGUGGUGCUGGAGGACGCCAGGGAGCAGCUGUCCAUCCUGGGCCACAUCAUGCCGUGGCCGCUGGAGAGGAGGCAGAGCACUGUGCUGAGAAACAACAGCCCAGACAAACCACCAGCACUCUUGACUGGAAGGAAGAUAUCCACUCCGUUACCACUGAAAGGACCAGUGUCACCUAGAGUCAGACCGGGAGGCCAGUUGGCUGCUAAGCAGAACAACAUUCGUGAUCUUGCCUUUAAAACACCUGCGGCGCGGGCCAUUAUGACGGCAGAGACGCUGAAGAAAAUGCAGAGCGAUAGGCAGUUUUUCAGCGAUGUCAUUGCAGGUACCAUGCAGGAGUUGCAAGAGUCAGGAACUUUCAUGAGCCUCCUGAAAGCCCUGCAAAAAGAAAAGGAAAACAAGAUACACUUCUAUGAUGUCAUUGCCAGGGAGGAAGAGGGACGAAAAAUGAUAAAAUCUCUUCAAAAACAACUGAUUAAUGUUAAGAAAGAACAGCAAGCUGAAGUACAGAGCCAAAAUGAAUACAUUGCCCACCUCAAGGACCAGCUGCAAGAGAUGAAGGCGAAGACCAAUCUGGAGAAUCAUUACAUGAAAAGGAAUACCGAGCUACAGAUCGCCCAGACCCAGAGAAAGUGCAACUGGACCGAGGAGGUCCUGCUGGAGGAGAUCGAGAAAGUGAGGAUGAAGACUGAAGAAGAGAACCGGAUCCACAUGGAGAUUGAGAUGUUCCUUAGGAAAGAGCAGCAGAGGCUUGAGGAGAAGCUAGAGUUCUGGAUGGAGAAAUUCGAUAAGGACACAGAAAUGAAGCAGAAUGAACUGAAUGCUCUCAAGGCUGCCAAGGCCAGUGACCUAGCUCACCUGCAGCACCUGGCGAAGAUGAUUCGGGAGUAUGAGGAGGUCAUCAUUGAAGAUCGGAUAGAAAAGGAGAAGACCAGGAAGAAGAUGGAACAGGAUACGCUGGAACUAAAGAGUGCCAUAAAGCUCCAGGCCUGGUGGCGGGGCACUGUGAUACGGAAGGAAAUUGGAGGCUUCAAAAUGCCUAAGAAGGAGAAAGAUGACAGUAAGGAUUCAAAAGGAAAAGACAAGGACAAACGAAGAGGCAAGAAGUGACAAGUUACCUCCUGUCCUUGCCUCUGGAAUCCCGGAGGUUGGGAGCAUCCAGAGAACUCAUCGGUGUUUUUAUUUGGGGCCUGCGAUUUCACCUGAAUUAGGGUACUAUCAAUUUAGGGUUUCUUCAUUCAUUGAAUUUUGCUUGGAAGAAGUAUUUGCAGCAGCCUAUUUCUCUUGCUCUUUCCUACCAGAAAAAACAGUUCCUGGGCUUAGGUAUAA